AUGGCAGACCAGGCACCUAUACCCGAGAGCAGAUGGGCCUCCAACUCCAGUCCCCAGGAUCCCAAUAGUGCCGAGCCUGUUGCCGAACGUCCACUCGAGGUUGUGAGUUCCGAAUCUUUGGCCAACGAGGAAAAGAUUGUGGACAAGGAGGCCGUGGAGGACUAUUCGUCGUCGAACUCGGAAGAUGGCAAGGACAAUGAAAAGGUUCAGGUUGCCAAGAGAGGGCAAUUGGAACGGACAGCGAGUACAUGGACGACCACAAGUGCAGCGACUUCAGUUGCUGUGCCGGCAGAACAGCCACCUCGAAAACGAACAUGGGGUGAACGAAUCAACCCACUGAAAAAGAAAGUCCUUCCUCCAAUACCGACGGAGCGUGCGCAGAAUCGCGAAUACAAUGCCAGUUUCUUGAGCAAGGUUUACUUUCAGUGGAUGGCGCCUCUGAUGAGCGUCGGUUACCAACGUCCUCUCGAGCUCAACGACAUAUGGCAUGUCAAUCCCAAUCGAAGUGUGGAUGUCUUGCAACCUAGGUUGAUGGAGAACUUCCAAAAACGAAAGGAGACUGGCAGCAAGAACGCUCUACCCAUGGCACUGUACGACACAUUCAAGAAGGAAUUCAUAAUAGGUGGUGCUUGUCAAUUGACAGCAGCCUGCAUGCAAGUGCUUUCGCCGUUCACCAUGAAGUAUUUGAUCGCCUAUGCUGGACAGUCUUAUGCAGCAGCGCAUGGCCAAGGACCCAAACCUGACAUCGGUCAUGGCGUUGGUCUCGUCGUCGGCAUUACAUGUAUGCAACUUAUCCAGUCGCUCUGCACAAAUCACUUCAUCUACCGAGGCAUGACAGUUGGAGGCCAGGCCCGUGGUGCUCUGAUCGCUAUCAUCUUCGACAAGGCUAUGAAACUCUCUGGACGCGCCAAAGCUGGUGGCAAAGCUCGCGAUGCUCAACCUGAACUUCCGGCUGGCAUUAAACCUGGCAGUAAAGAAGAGAAAAAGUUCUGGGCAAAGCAGCUGAAAGGCGCGAAAGGCAAGAGUGGUGUUUCUGGAGAUGGCGAGGGCUGGAGCAACGGUCGCAUCGUCAAUUUGAUGUCUACAGACACUUAUCGUGUUGAUCAAGCUUCAGGCAUGUUCCACAUGGUCUGGACAUCACCUAUCCAGGUCAUCCUCACUCUGGCCCUGCUUUGCAUCAAUCUGACCUACAGUGCGCUUGCCGGUUUUGCCUUCAUUUGCCUUUGUAUGCCUCUACUUGGAAAGGCUAUCAAAAGUCUGAUGGCUCGUCGAAAGUUCAUCAACAAGAUCACCGAUCAGCGUGUCUCACUGUCGCAGGAGAUUAUUUCAUCCGUUCGAUUCGUCAAAUACUUUGGAUGGGAGACUGCAUUCCUGGAUCGUUUGGACGAAAUUCGUGGCCGCGAGAUCAACAAAAUCAGCUUUCUGCUAUCUAUCAGGAACGGUAUCAUGGCCGUAUCGAUGGUGAUGCCAAUCUUCGCAUCCAUGUUGGCAUUCAUCACAUACUCGCAAUCCAAUCAUACGCUCAACCCCGCGCCAAUCUUCUCGUCGCUGGCUCUGUUCAACGCCAUGCGAAUUCCGUUGAAUUUGUUACCUAUGGUCGUGGGACAAGUCGUCGACGCAAACGCUUCUCUUGGCCGUAUCACGGAGUUCUUAGAGGCUGAAGAGGUCUCUGACGAAGCGGCAUGGAAUCUCGAGAUGAAGAACGCCGUGAGUCUGAAGGAUGCGGACUUUACUUGGGAACGUACGCCAUCUCAGAACACAGAUAAGCCAGGUCAAAAUCCCAAGGGCAUGAAGCAGGCCAAGGCUGAGAAGAAACAAGCCAAGAAGGAUGCGAAGGAGGAGAAGCGUCGGUCCAAACACAUGGACAGCAUACCUCAGACGCCCACCACGCCUACAAGCCCGAGCGACGAGGACGAAGAGAAGCCUUUCAGCAUCAAAAACAUCAACCUCGAUAUUGGCCGUAACGAGCUUGUUGCUGUGAUCGGUUCUGUUGGUUCAGGAAAGAGCUCGCUCCUUGGAGCCCUUGCGGGUGAUAUGCGACGAACUACUGGCAGUCUGGCCCUCGGUGCCAACCGUGCUUUCUGUCCGCAGUAUGCCUGGAUUCAAAACGCAAGUGUGAAGGAAAACAUCGUCUUCGGCAAGGAAUUUGACAAGCGCUGGUACAACGAGGUCAUCGAUGCUUGCGCUCUACGACCAGAUCUCGAGAUGUUGCCAAGUGGGGAUGCGACUGAGAUUGGUGAGCGUGGUAUCACUGUUUCUGGUGGUCAGAAGCAGCGCUUGAACAUCGCUCGUGCUAUCUACUUCAACGCAGAUAUCGUGCUGAUGGACGACCCGUUGUCUGCUGUUGACGCGCACGUUGGUCGCCACAUUAUGGACAAUGCUAUCUGCGGUCUCCUCCGAGACAAGUGCAGAGUGCUCGCUACGCAUCAGCUCCACGUUCUGCACCGUGUCGAUCGCAUUGUGUGGAUGAAAGAGGGUGUGAUCUACAAGGUCGCCACAUUCAAUGAGCUGAUGGAAGGCGACGAAGAGUUCCAGAAGCUCAUGGAGACCACAGCUGUGGAAGAGAAGACUGAAGACACUGUCGAUGGCGAGGAGCACGCAGAGGAGCAGAAAGACUCGGACAAGAAGAAGGGCAAGAAACCACGAGGUGCUCUCAUGCAAGUUGAGGAACGUGCUGUCAAAGGUGUUGGCUGGGAUGUCUACAAAGCCUACGUCGAGGCUUCUGGCUCCAUCUGGAAUUUGCCUUUGAUUAUGCUGAUCUUGCUGCUCUCGCAAGGUGCCAAUAUUGUCACCAGUCUUUGGCUCUCAUACUGGACCUCGCAGCGCUGGCAUUUGCAGCAGGGUGUCUACAUUGGCGUAUACGCUGCUCUGGGUGUGGUCCAGGCGUUCUUCCUCUUCAUCUGGUCAGUCGUCCUCACAGUGCUUGGUACCAGAGCCAGCAAAGUCAUGCUUCAUCGUGCUAUGGCGCGUGUGCUUAGGGCUCCAAUGUCUUUCUUUGACACUACCCCUCUUGGCCGAAUCACGAAUCGUUUCUCGAAGGAUGUCGACACUAUGGACAACGCCCUGACAGACGCCAUGCGUAUGUUCUUCAUGACCAUGGCCAUGAUCUUGUCCGUCUUCAUCCUGAUCAUCGCCUACUACUAUUACUUCGUGGUCGCGCUGGCUCCACUCGUAGUGCUGUUCCUAUUCUCCGCCAGCUACUAUCGGGCUUCGGCGCGUGAGAUCAAACGCCACGAGGCUGUUUUACGCAGUGCUGUCUUCUCACGUUUCGGCGAGGCCGUCACUGGCGUCUCGACUAUCCGAGCCUAUGGGCUGCAAAGCCAUUUCGCGAAGAUGGUGAACGAAUCGAUCGACGAUAUGGACGGCGCGUACUUCUUGACGUUCGGCAACCAACGCUGGCUGUCCACUCGUUUGGACGCCAUUGGUAACCUCCUGGUGUUCGCUGUCGGCAUUUUGGUCGUCACUGCUGGAGGCCAGAUCAAUGCCAGCACAGGUGGACUCGUCUUGUCUUACAUCCUCACCAUUGUGCAGAUGAUUCAAUUCACCGUGCGACAGCUUGCCGAGGUGGAGAACAACAUGAACUCGACGGAACGUAUCCACUUCUACGGCACUCAACUCGAAGAAGAAGCACCUCUACACCUUGGUGAUGUUCGACCUUCAUGGCCGGAGCAUGGCGAGAUUAACUUCGAAAAUGUAGAGAUGCGAUACCGUGCGGGCCUCCCCCUUGUGCUCAAGGGCCUGACCAUGAAGGUCAAGGGCGGUGAGCGCAUCGGUGUCGUUGGCCGUACUGGUGCGGGCAAAUCUUCCAUCAUGUCAGUCCUCUUCCGUUUGAUCGAGCUGUCCGGCGGCAGCAUUAGCAUCGAUGGUGUCAACAUUGCUAAGGUCGGCUUGCACGAUCUCCGUUCGCGAUUGGCCAUCAUUCCACAAGAUCCUACCCUGUUCCGUGGCACUAUUCGCAGUAAUUUGGAUCCAUUCAACGAGCAUGAAGAUAUGGAGCUCUGGAACGCGCUUCGUCAAGCUGAUCUUGUUGGCGCGGAUCAGACUAUCGAGGACGAAGCUGGUCGCAUUCAUCUGGAUACUGUGGUCGAAGACGAAGGCCUCAACUUUUCUCUCGGUCAGCGACAACUGCUUGCACUCGCUCGCGCACUCAUACGUGGGUCUCAGAUCAUCGUCUGUGACGAAGCCACUUCAUCUGUGGACUUCGAGACAGAUCAGAAGAUUCAGAAGACCAUCGUGCGUGGCUUCCGAGGCAAGACUCUUCUAUGUAUCGCCCACAGGCUGAAGACUAUCAUUGGCUACGACCGUAUCUUGGUCAUGGAUGCCGGCAACGUGGCCGAGCUCGACAGUCCUAUCAACCUCUACGACCAGGGUGGCAUCUUCCGCAGCAUGUGUGAGCGUAGCGGAAUCAGACGAGAGGACUUCUUCAAUUCUCAGGAGGCUCACUUUGAUGAGCCUAGUCCAGCAUUACAGAGGACGCAGAGUGCUGCGCUUGGGCACUAG